GAUGGCAGCGUCCAUGGUGCCAACAAACUACAUUUUUUGGUUUACUGUUAUUUUGAAUCUGUUACUGAUAAUCAUGUGUUUGAAAGGUGUUGUGGGUAAUUUUGAUGCAGAUGCAGUUGACCCUGACCAUGCGAACCCCGACGACGGCUCCAAACAUGAGAAAACAUUUUACUCCUUUUCCGUCCAAGAUGCAACUGGUGAUAUCGUGGAGCUGAAGAAAUAUAUGGGCAUGGUGACUCUAGUGGUAAAUGUGGCAUCAGAGUGUGGGUUCACAGACAAUCACUACAGAGGUCUCGUCAGGCUGAAAAAUACUCUAUCCACUGAGAACAAGUUUGAAGUCCUUGCCUUUCCCUGCAACCAGUUUGGACGGCAAGAACCUGGGGCAAAUAGUGAAAUACAGGAGUUUGUGAAGGGAAUCUACAAUGUGAACUUCCCAGUGUUUGGUAAAAUUGAUGUGCUGGGCAAUGAUGUGACUGAGCCGUGGAGGUACUUGAUAGAGUCAUAUGGGCGUGCACCCAACUGGAACUUCUGGAAGUAUCUGGUGGAUGAGGAAGGCCAUGUUGUGAAUGCCUGGAGCCCUCAUACUUCAGUUGAGGACAUAUUUCAUGAGGUCAAGGAAGCAAUUGACUUUAUUGGUCAUGAUAAACCAAACUACCACAGACAUUGGGAAUUGUGAUGCCAGUGGUAAAAGGCUAUUAUUAAGUUGUGUCUCAUUCUGUAUUUGUUUUUUUUGAAAUCCGUACUGGUUAGGGACCACUUUUUCGCCCCUACCAAUAAUUGUCCCACCCUGUCAAAUCCUUGUUUAGCGAUUCUACUACCAUUGAUUCUACUGUGAUUUUUGUGACAAAAAAGCAAAUAUUCAUUUAUUUAGUUUUUAAAUUAAUAUUAAAAUCUUGGAAAUUAACAAAAAAAUGGGUAAAAAAUCCCAAAAAGUUUGACUUAAUAAAAUUUUAAUGAUACCAAACUUACCUUAAUAGAAAAGAAGGGAAGGUUAUGAGCCUAUAAAAAUUGUUGUCAUAAAUGUACCACCGGGAAAUUGGCACAUAAUUCAUACAAAAUACUGAUAUGAAGAGAGCAACUUAGAUCAAACUUAAAUAUAAAGCUGUGAAUAACAAACUCAAACACCAUGCCAUGAGGAGGGCAUUUUCAAGUCGCACUGUCUGUAUGUCUGUUUUUCCCAUGUUCCGUACAUAAAGAAGAUGUGUUGGGUGCAAGGCUCAUGUCCCUACCUAUUACUGCAUCACUCCUCCACACUUGACAUCAGUUUGUCACUGUGGGGGAAUUCAUCACUUACUGUGACAGCUCUGUGAAUUUGAUCUAAAAAUAACCAUUCAUUACAGUUUUUAUCAUACUGAUUUUUAAACCAGGGGUCUACCUAAAAGAAAAACCUGUAAAACACUUUAUCAGGGCAACAAGGGUCCAUAGCCAGUACACAAAUUUGUUGUUUGUCUAAUUAAAAAGUAAUUCAUACAAUAUUUUGAUCAAUGUAAUUAAGAAAAUACUCUUUAUGUUGCUUUUUAAUAUAUAGAUCUGUGUUUUAUGGCAUUUUUUAUUAUAUAUUUUUUGGGUUAAACAUACAAUGUAACUUAAUAUUUCUUAAAAUGUCUGAGAAUGUGCCAUGAAUAGUUGCGGAAGGAUAUGUCUUCUUGUUUACAUCCAUGUUUAAGGGUAGUCAAUUCACAAUUUCACAGAUCUAUAUAACACUGAAGUCUUGUUCUUUGUUUUAUUGUCUUAUUUUAUCAAAACUGCUUUUGAUAUUAUAAUGUUGUAUAAUUUACCAUAAACCUGCCAAAUUCCAGUGCAAUUCUUCUAUACAAAUGUGUAACUUUGAAUUUUACUUGCAAUAAAAAUGCUUGCAUAAA